AUGCUCGGUUUCUUGGUGUUGAUUCCAUAUUUCAUCACGCGUAAGUUGGGUCUUGGAUUCAAGACAUGGCUUUUCUUUUUUUUGGUUCUUGCUCUUCCCAUCUUAAUGGCAUACUGGACACUUUUGUCGUCUUAUUCACCUCGUCUCAAUGAAAAGGUUAAGUUGCCAGGCAAACCAAUUUCCCACUACUUGGAAUUCCACACCCCAGAGUUGAAAGCCAAAUAUGUUGACUCAAAUGGUGGUCAAGGUACUAAGAUCCCAAUGGAAACCUUCCAUGAGUUGUAUUUCGAUGGAAAAGUGUCCUUCAAGGGCGACUGUUUGGACGUCAUGGAGUACAGACAUGACUGGGCCAACUUCCGCUUCACCUUGUCUCUUUUCCGUUUCUUUUUGCUCGGUAUGAUUCCUGAAGUUAUCAUGCAUUCGAAGUCUCAAGAUGAGGAGCAAGUAAGAGACCAUUACGACAGAGGUGACGAUUUCUACACAUGGUUCUUGGGCCCUCGCAUGAUCUACACUUCUGGCUGUAUUAGUGACAUUACCAAAGAGGAAACGUUGGAAGAAUUGCAAGAUAACAAGUUGAAUGUUGUUGCAUCCAAGAUCCAAUUGAAGGAAUCAGAUCACGUUUUGGACUUGGGUUGUGGUUGGGGCACCUGGGCCACUUUUGGUUCCUCUCAGUUUGGCGCGAAGUUUACUGGAAUCACCUUAGGUAAAAACCAAACCAAAUGGGGAAAUGAACUUUUGUCCAAGUAUGGAGUUUCCAACUCACAAUCUGAAAUCGUGUGCUGUGACUACAGAGACGCACCUCCUUCAAAGAAAGCCAAUGGUAAGUACGACAAGAUCACAUGUCUCGAGAUGGCCGAACACGUCGGUAUUAGAAGAUUUGGUGCCUUUUUGGCCCAGGUGCAUGAAGCAUUGGAAGACGAUGGUAUUUUCUUCUUGCAGUACGCUGGAUUGAGAAAGAACUGGCAAUACGAAGACUUGGUGUGGGGUUUGUUCAUGAACAAGUACAUCUUCCCUGGCGCUGAUGCGUCGACGCCAUUGGCUUUCGUUGUGAGCGCAUUGGAAAGCGCAGGUUUUGAGAUUGUCACGCUCGACAACAUUGGUGUUUCCUACUCCGCUACCUUGUGGAGAUGGUACAGAAACUGGAUGGGCAACAAAGACAACGCCAUCAACAAGUACGGUAUCAAGUGGUUUAGAAUCUGGGAAUACUUUUUGGCCUCCUCCACUAUCACUUCGAGACAAUCGGGUGCCACGUGCUACCAGUUUGUUUUGAGAAAAAACAUCAAUUCCUACCACAGAAUCAACUACGUGCCAUCGAUGAACGGCAUCUUGACCCCAGCCAAGAAUGGUAUCAAGUGGGCCAAAGAGUAA